GGGACCCGAAGCGGCGAUGGCCAAGGGGCCCCCACAAGAAUCCCCGGCCCUCUCACCUAUGGCUGGCCAACAGAGGGACAGACGCGAGCCGCCGCCUGAUUCCACCUCCCACGCCCUUCCCCUCCGAGAGGGUCCGAAUGGACAGCAACAGUACUGGCCAUUCUCAGCUUCUGAUCUCUGUAACUGGAAACAGCAUAACCCUUCCUUUUCCAAAAACCCAGUGGCGUUGACUAAUCUAAUCGAGUCUAUUUUAGUCACCCACCAGCCCACCUGGGAUGAUUGCCAGCAACUCUUGCAAGCCCUGCUGACCUCAGAGGAAAAGCAAAGAGUCUUUUUGGAGGCUCGGAGAAACGUUCCAGGCGACAACGGUCACCCAACCCUUUUGCCUAACGAAAUUGAUGAGGCCUUCCCUCUGAUGCGACCUGAUUGGGACUUCACCACAGCUGCAGGUAGGGGACACCUACGCCUCUAUCGCCAGCUGCUUGUAGCGGGUCUCCGAGGGGCGGCACGCCGCCCCACCAAUUUGGCCCAGGUUAGGCAAGUAAUACAGGGAAAUGAAGAGACGCCCGCAGCCUUCUUAGAGAGGCUCAAGGAUGCUUAUAGGAUGUAUACUCCCUAUGACCCGGGGGAACUGGGGCAGGCCACUAGCAUUUCAAUGUCCUUUAUUUGGCAGUCCAGUCCGGAUAUCAGAAGUAAAUUACAGAGGCUGGAAGGUCUGCAGGGAUAUACAAUACAGGAUCUGCUGAAGGAGGCAAAGAAAGAGGCAGAGAGAUAGGGGAAAGAGAGAAGGAAAGGAGAAUUUACAAGUAUAUUCAGAGGAGCAACCAAUAAAUGAGGAAAGAGACAUGAAACAGAAUAAAGAAUUAAGCAGGCUGCUGGCCACUGUAGUUCAAGGACAAGAAAGAGAGGGAGGUAGGCUGGGAGAAAGGAAGGGGGCCAAAAUGGA